CAGGACUACAAAUAACACUUAUCUGACAGCCUGCCCCUGUAGCACAACAUGUCCGAGUUGUAGGUUAGUUUGUGUUGUAAGUUGUCCAUUAAUAACAUACAAUGCUUUAUUUCAUAAUACUUUAGCUUGGAGUAAGUGUAUUUGAGUUUUUACAGCUUUAUGAAGUGUCGCCAAAACACGCGCUAACUCUGCUACUUGCUAGCUUACUGUGCAGGUAACUCACAGAGGACAUGAUCAUGGCUUACACGCUGAUAUUGAAAGCUCUGCAGCGGAAUCUACAACAGACAGCAGCACAGUACAGCAAACGCACACAAGUCAGUUUGCUCAUUCACUCACACAGGACAAUAUCUACUAAAGUGUCGAGACUGAGCCUCCACAGGAGAGUGGAGGCUCCUUGUGCCUUUCCAGUGCUGAGCUGCUUCAUUCAGGCACAGAGGCGGAGGUUGAUUUCACUGGACUCUACUGCCAGGAAUCAGAGCAGCCCUGAGGACAGAGACAGGUCGGUCUCCAGGUACCAGAGUGGGAGCCCAAAGCCCUCAGCUGGACAAAAAGUGAAAGAAGCUGGAAGAGACUUCACCUACUUGAUUGUAGUACUCAUCGGGAUUGGAGUGACGGGUGGGCUGUUAUAUGUGGUGUUCCAGGAGCUGUUCUCCUCCUCAAGUCCAAAUAAAGUCUAUGGGAAAGCCUUCAACAAAGUCAAGUUAGACCCAGAGGUGAUUGGUGCAUUUGGGGAGCCAAUCAAGUGUUAUGGAGAGACAACUCGUCGAGGGAGGAGGCAGCAAGUCAGUCAUCAUGAGUACCUGAAGGAUGGACUGAAGCAUAUGAGGCUGAAGUUUUACAUUGAAGGCUCUGAGCCAGGCCUCAAAGGAACUGUACACUCAGAGUCAAAAGAGAGUCCCGAAACUGGAAAAUACGAGUUUCGUUACAUAUUUGUGGAAGUGGACACCUACCCAAGACGAACCAUCAUUGUGGAAGAUAACCGAAAGAUAAUGGACUCCAAUUUGUCACUAAUUUGAAAAGGCGUAAUGAAAAUGUGAUAAAAUGUGUUUGUGUUAUUGGAUGAAUAGCUGAAGAUUUCCUGGAAAUGGAACUUUAAUUUGCCAUUAAAGGCUGCUGUAUUAAACAUCAACACAUUUGGCUUGUUUUAACUUUACCACAACAGCAAUUGAGCAUUUGGUGAAGACUUUCACCAAAAAUCAUGUGUUAUUGUUUUAUAAAUAAUACACAUGCUACGAAUCACUUUUUGACUAAAAGACUACAGGAUGUCCUGAAUUUUGAAAUGACCUGUAAUGCUUUUAAAUUGUAAUAAAGUGUUUGUCUGUUAAAUGCACAGAAACAAACAUGAAACAAAA